AGAAGGUGAGUGUGAGUGUAAACAUAGCUAGUUCAGACCAAUAGGAGACAACAUAGGAAGAAACAUUAAGAAAGAUUCAUUUUGAUAUAAGAGAUAUUCGUAAUUGAACGGUUCAAUGGAUUUCGCAACGAUUUUAUAUGUGAUAUUGAUCGCAGUUUCUUCGGCCUCGAGCCAAGAAAGCGAAAACGAAGAUGUGGCCGAUAUGCUGAAUCGCAUCGGUGAUGAAUACGAGCAGGUUUCUUCACGAAAUGGGAAAUUCUUCUUUCCGAAAUACGCCAAUUAUGGAGCUCAAGCCGGUCCUCAACCAUACAGCAAUGCGAUCGAAGAGUUCGACUUUAUUGUGGUUGGGUCAGGAUCCGCAGGAGCGACGUUGGCGACGCGACUCUCGGAAAAUCCGAAGUGGAGAGUGCUUCUUUUGGAGGUGGGAAAAGAACCGAGCGCUAUAACUGAUAUUCCUGCUCUGGCUGCCAGCUUUCAGUUAACUGAUUACAAUUGGGGAUACUUGAUGGAAAAACAAGAUAAUAUAGGUUUAGGAAUGGUGGAUCAAAGGAUGGCGUGGCCUAGGGGAAGAGUUUUAGGUGGUACUUCCGUGAUCAACUACAUGAUUCACGUGCGAGGAAAUCGCGGUGAUUAUAAGAGAUGGAAGGCUUUGGGGAAUCCCGGCUGGGGUUACGAAGAUGUUCUGCCUUACUUCAAGAAGCUUGAAGAUUAUUCGGUGGCUUACGCGGAUGCUGGUUACAGGAACCGCGGAGGACCUAUAGGAGUUCAAGACGUCUCUUACCGAUCAGAUUCGGUGCACAUAUUUAUAAAUGCCGCGCAGGAAGCGGGUCUCAAGUAUAUCGAUUACAAUGGACGUGGAAGUUUGGGCGUCUCCUACGUGCAGGCCUCCACGAGACGGGGAAGACGUUGCAGCGUGGAAAACACCUAUUUGAGAAAUGCGAGAGGAAGACCGAACCUUGUCAUUUCGACUUUAAGCAGAGUUACGAACUUGAUCCUAGAUGGUACUACGGUUGUAGGUGUGCAAUACAUCAAAAACAGGCAAUAUCACACAGCCAAAGCUAAGAAGGAGGUCAUUCUAUCAGCGGGAACUUUCAAUUCUCCGCAAAUACUGAUGUUGAGCGGAAUUGGACCAAAAACGCAUUUAGAAGAGCUUGGAAUCCCUGUGGUCAGGGAUCUUCCAGUUGGAGAAACGCUCUACGAUCAUCUAACAUUUUUAGGACUUUUAUUCAAAUCAAAUGACACUAUAACCAUAAACUACAGCGAUCUGGAAAACCCCAGAUCGUUCAUAUCUUUGGUGUCUAAUGGCACAGGACCUCUCACCAGUUUAGGAGGUGUAGAAGCUUUGGCUUAUAUUCAAACCAACGUAAGCAGGGAAAAAGAUAAAUAUCCCGACGUAGAACUGAUCUUUUUGGGCGGCGGUUUCCAUAUGGAUAAAGGAGCUUUGUACGCGAAGACUUUCAGGAUAACGCCGAAGAUCUACGACGCUUUAUGGAAGCCUUUAGAAGAUGAGCAAGUGUGGACUAUACUUCCAAUGCUUCUACAUCCCAAAUCUAAGGGCAACCUUAAAUUAAAAUCCAAGAAUCCCUAUCACUGGCCUAAGCUCUUCGGAAACAGCUUCAACGAUCCAGAAAAUUUAGAUAUGAAAACGUUCAUAGCCUCGAUUCGCGAAGUGCAGAGGAUUGCGAGGACGCCGACCUUCCAGAAAUUCGGAACGGAACAGGUGAAGACUCCUAUUCCCGGAUGCGAGCAUCUUGUCUUCGACACAGACGAAUAUUGGUCGUGCGCCCUUAUGCACAUCACGGGAUCUCUCCACCAUCAAGUAGGAACUUGCAAGAUGGGUCCAGCUAAUGAUAAAACCGCGGUGGUCGACAGUAACCUGAAAGUGUACGGUAUCAAUCGUUUGCGAGUCGCCGACUGCAGCGUAAUUCCUGUAACACUCUCGGCUCACACGAAUAUCCCGGCUAUUAUGGUAGGAGAAAAGGCGGCAGAUCUAAUUAAGGACGAAUGGACAGAGGCCGAAGGCAGGAGCAACUUCGAUCCGCGCAGAAACAUCAAAGACGCGUAGAAGUUGUUGAAUAUGAUAUUCAUUUUGUGUCAUGUAGAAACUGGUAUUAGCUUAUGGUAACAUAGUAUUUCUUACUUAAAUUCGAGAUCAAGCCUUUACAAUUAUUACAGAUUGACUGAUCUACAUAUUUAUUGUUCAUUGUCCGCUAUUUUUGUUUGUUUUGUUUUAAUGUUACGUUAUUGAACACUGGAUACUUCUCCAGUUAUGCACAUUCACAUAAUUUCAUCUUCUAGUCAAAAGAAAUGUUUAUCAUUUUCCAUACCUUCAACGUCAAAUGAACUUUCAUAUGUUUUAAUAUAAUCUUGCAUCUCAUUAUUGAUUAAACCUAUUGCUAGAUAUAUUUGUGGUCUAUAAUGACAAUCUUUUAUAUAUUUUGGAAUAUCCUCAAAUUAUCAGCAUUCCAUGUAUGUACAUAUAAAAUUAAUGUUAUCAAUAAGUAAGUGAAGUAUUGAAGACUUGUAUGGUAU